AUGGAGGAGGAGAUCCGAGCGGAGUUCCAGAAUAGCGGCUUCUCCAUCGGGGGAGCCAGCCCCGAGCACGCCGCCCAGAUCCUCUCCACGCUGCUGACCUACUGCAUCAACUACAAGAUGAGCCCCGCGGACCUCGUCUCCAACUGGGAGGUCUAUUACCUCAACAGGCAAUUGGAUGGCUUAAAGCUUGAAAGCUCGUAUCUUGAUGGUUUUCUGUCACAUCUUCAGAAUGAAGUUAAAGACAGGAUAAUAAAAGAAGAAUCCAACCUUCACAUUUACUCCAGUAACGAUGUCGACAUGCUCUUGAGCAAUUCACAUGCAGAUGAAGUGGCGUUUCAUGACACACCAGGCUCUAAACAGGAAAAUCCACCUGAAGAGUCAUCUAACUCUGAGUUAACUCCUCUGACAAGUGACAGACCAUCAUCCAGCAGAGUGGCCAAAACAAAUGCUGAUCGUAUUACCCCUUUUGCAACACGAGUAAAUAAAUUUACCCAACAGUAUGUUCUCAAUGCUGAUAAUGCAGUUAGUGUGCCAAGUAAAAAUGCUGAAAUCACAGAAGAUGAAGUAAUUAGAAGAAUUCAACCAAGUCAAAGAUGUUCCUUACAAGUUCAGCGCUCACAGCCUGAACCAGGUUGCAGAUUCAUGUAUGACAGAAUGGAAGACAGAUUUAAUUAUUUGGAAGAUCGGAUACGAAAAUCGGCAAGCUUGUUUUCUGCAUCUGGGUUUUGUGGAGAACCGGCAGAUGCUACCCUUGCUUCAGAGGAGAAAAUGUUUGCAGUCGGUACAGUAGCUUGUGAUGGUGAAGGUCAUUUGAAUGAAAAGUCUAUCUUGCUACAGGGCAGUGUUCAACACUCCAGGGGACAGCGUGUGCGCCUUGACUUGAAGGAUCUUGAUCACUUCUCUUUGUUUCCUGGGCAGGUGGUGGGUAUCGAAGGCCACAAUCCCAGUGGACACUGUUUUGUUGCAUCAAAAUUAAUUGAUUCCAUACCAGUCUCUGUGGAUGCUCAACUUCCUAGUGCUAAGAAACAAGCUAUUGAUAAUGAAAGCAACCAAAAUUCUGACGGUGGCACUCUGUCAAGAGCAUUGUCAUCGGUCAUCGCGGCAGGUCCCUACACAACAACAGAUAAUCUGUUGUUUGAGCCACUGCAAGAACUUCUUUCAUAUGCUUGUCGUAAGCAGCCUCAGCUGCUCAUAUUGAUGGGACCCUUCAUUGACUCUGAUCACCCUGACAUAAAAAAAGGAACUGCUGACCAGAGCUUUCAUGAUAUUUUCCAUUUUGAAAUUCUGAGAAAGAUUCAAGACUUCACCCAGUAUCUGGGGAACACUGUUCGUGUAAUUCUCAUUCCAUCAGUGCUUGAUGCUCACCAUGACUUUGUUUUCCCUCAGCCUGCAUUUGAUUUGAAUUUUCCAGAAGAUAUCACACAUCAGAUUACUUGUCUGGCAAAUCCAUGUCUCUUCAGUUCUAACGAGAUACGUUUGGGCUGUUGUACAGUGGACAUUCUGAAACAACUCAGUGGUGAGGAAAUUUCUCGCAAGCCACCUGUCGGAAAGCCUGGAGACAGGAUUGGUAGACUUGCCUCACACAUAUUAAAGCAACAAAGUUACUAUCCUCUAUAUCCUCCUGCUGCUGGUGUGCCAUUAGACUUCUCACUUGCUAAGGAAGCACUGGAGAUCUCAUCAGCACCAGAUGUUCUCCUUCUUCCUUCUGAUCUUGCACCAUUUGUGAAGGUGCUUUCCCUUGGAGAAGGUAGCGACGACCAGAAACGGUUUAUCUGUGUGAACCCUGGGAGGUUGGCAAAGGGUAUUGGUGGGGGCACAUUUGUGGAGCUUUACUACAAUGAGGGCAUCGACAAGACCAACGCCUCCAUCAUCCGCAUAUAG